AUGCUUGGGUUCUUCAAGCGAUACAGGGUUACCAUAUAGAUUUUGUAUCCAUGCCUGUAGAACAUUUUGUACCCAGGGAAAUGUGCCUGUCUCAGGAACAGGAAUCGUUAAUCUACUCUGAGAUCAAGGAACUAUUCGGCAAAGGAGCAAUCCAAGAGUUGCCGUUCACCUGCCCAGGUUUCACGAGCAACCUCUUCUUGGUGCCAAAGAAGGGAGGCGGAGUGCGACGCGUUAUCAACCCCCGAACUCUCAAUGCUUUUCUCUGGUACCAACAUUUCCAGAUGGAAGGCAUCCAUUGCCUUCGAGAUCUCCUCCAGGCCUCGGAUUGGAGGGCCAAGCUAGAUUUGAUGGACGACUAUUUCAAGGUUUCUACAACCGAGGAACACAGGGAUUUUAUCCAAUGCACUUGGAGAGGGAAGUGA